UGUCCUUAUUUGAGAUUAAAAAACAAAAUGGCGACAUUGAAACACGUGAAAACUAACUCCAAGUGGAAAAAGGUUGAAAUAGCGCCUGUGCUAUUUUCCAACAAAGAUUUUGAAACUUUAAUAUCUAUUGAGGAACUUACAGACUACGAACUCGUGGAAACAAAUGCUGGACAGAUAGCAGACGAUGAUACUUCUCAAACUGCAACAGCAGCUGAAAAAAGAAACAAAACUAAGAAAAAGAAGAAGAAAAAGAAAAAGCAGGUAGCACCUCCAUCAGAGACUCUAGUUGAGUCUAAACAGGAGGAGGAGGUGACUGAAGCUAUAAACGUGAUAAAUCCAAAGAAGGCAAAGAAAGCCAAAAAGAAGAAACCUCCAAAGAAAGAUGAGCAAAAGAAGGGACUGACCUUGAAGAGGAAGCAUGGGAAGAUGCUGAUGAUUGGCAGCCAGGAUGUAGUUGACUUGAAUGAGGAUGAGGACAAAUUGUCGGAGGCAAAAGCAAAACAAAUGGCUGAAAAAGACAAGGGAGAAGGACCAAAGCCUAAGAAGGCAAAGACAGAGCGAGAGAAGCUGACGCAUCACACAGAUCCUUCUGUGUCUGCAGACAUGCGUGCUUGGAAGAAUCUGUUCGUGCCGAGCCAAGUCCUGAAAGCUCUACAACAUCAAGGCUUCACAUCCCCGACCUCCAUACAAGCACUGGCAUUGCCGUCUGCCAUCAGGGACAGGAUGGACAUUGUUGGUGCUGCAGAAACGGGAAGUGGGAAAACGCUGGCGUUUGGGAUCCCUGUGCUCCACCACAUCUUACAGCAUGAAGCACGCAAGCAGCAGCAACAAGGUGUUGAAGUUGUGGAGGAGGAGGAGAAAGGUGAGGAAAGAGACUCAUCAUCAGAUGAUAGUGAGGCUGAUGUGAAGGCAGAGGUUGAUGAUGGUGGUGAUGAGGAGGAGGAGGAGGAGGAGGAUGAUAAUGAUGAGAAGGAGGAUGGUGUUAAAGGUGGACAUGAAGGAAGUGACAGCGGUGUGCCAGAAGACCUUGACCUUACUGAUGAUGAAGAUGGCGAUUAUGAUCUUCCUCCCGAUGAUGAAGAUGGCGAUUAUGAUCUUCCUCCCGAUGAUGAAGAUGGCGAUUAUGAUCUUCCUCCUGAUGAUGAAGAUAUACUUGAAAUUGAUGGUGAUGAGACUGGUUGCGUGAGAGUGAUCAACAACAUUGAAUUUGAAGCCGCUGACCUUGAGAAGGUGAAGGCUACCUCCAAGGGAGACAAGCCUCUGGUAGCGUUGAUACUGGAGCCGACACGAGAGUUGGCCAUCCAGGUGAAGAACCACCUGAUGGCGGCCGCCAAGUACACAGAUAUCAGGAUUGCGACAGUUGUUGGUGGAAUGGCCGCCCAGAAGCAGCAACGGGUGCUGAAACAGUGCCCGGAGAUCGUCAUAGCAACACCAGGAAGACUGUGGGAACUCAUACAACAGGGUGAUCCUCACCUGACCAAGGUGACCGGCAUCCACAAGCUGGUGAUAGACGAGGCUGACCGCAUGGUGGAGAAAGGUCACUUUGAGGAGCUGACCAAGCUGCUGGACAUGAUCAAUGUAGAUGAGAACCGGAAGCGUCUCCGCCAGACGUUUGUGUUUUCGGCCACCCUCACCAUGCUCCACAGCGGGCCCCAGAGACGACUCAAGAAGAAGAAGAAGGAAAAAAUGGACACCAAGAAAAAACUAGAGCUGCUGAUGAGCACCAUCGGGAUCAAGGACCGCCCCAAGAUUAUUGAUCUGACAACCAAGGCCGGGACAGCGGAAACACUGACUGAAGCAAGGAUCAACUGUACCGUAGACGAGAAGGACCUGUAUUUGUAUUACUUCCUGAAGCAGUACCCUGGUCGGACGCUGGUGUUCACCAACAGCAAGGACUGUAUCCGCCGUCUCAUGUCCAUCUUCGUCCUGCUCAGGUGCAACCCUCUACCUCUCCACUCCGACAUGCAUCAGCGACAGAGGCUCAAGAACCUUGACCGAUUUUCAGCCAACGACAAGGGCGUGUUGAUAGCAUCUGACGUAGCAGCCCGAGGUCUGGACAUCCCCAACGUGCAGCACGUGAUCCAUUUCCAGGUCCCCCGCACCGUCGAGAACUACGUGCACCGCAGUGGUCGGACAGCUCGCGCCAUGAAGGAGGGUCUUAGUGUGAUGCUGGUCGGCCCAGAGGAUGUGCGCAACUACAGGAAGAUCGUACAGACCCUCAACAGAAAUGAGGACCUGCCCCUGUUCCCUGUGGAGUUCCACACAACCUCCUCCCUGAGGGAUGUCAUCACACUGGCUCGGAAGAUCGACACAGAGGACCACAGAUUCAAGAAGAAGAAGCGGAAAAAUGACUGGUUCGUGAAGGCGGCAGAGGAGAUUGACAUGAUGCUGGACGAGCGAGCCCUGGAGGACCCGAGUGACUCGAUGGAGCAGCAGAAACACAAGCAGAAACAGCAGAUGAUGAAGGCACAGCUGGAUGUCUUGUUGAAGCGGCCGCUCACACAGAAGCUGUUCUCAGGGAAAUACCCUACCAAGAUGGGCAGGUUGAUAGCACCAGAACACACACAGGACAAUGAUGCGAUCCAGAAGAUGAAGCGUGACGAGCCUGCCCAGAAGGAGAUGAUGCAGUACGUGGCAGCACAUCCCAAGGUCAUCAAGAAAAAACGGGAGAACCGGAAGACGAGGAAGAAUGAAAAGAGGAAGAAGAAAAAGAUGAAGAUGAUGACAGGAUGAAUAAAAACGAAACUUUUUUGAUACAGAAGCAGAUUCAAAACAAGAAUUGAUAUGAUGUACAUAGAUUAUGAAAUGUUUCCUUUGUACAAAUACAACACUUGAUCUGUA